AUGAAGCGCGGCACGGGUCGGGAUUCCAGCGGUGACACCGCUCUUCGCGAGCUGGAGCGCGCGUUGGACGCGUUCAUGGCUACACACGUCACCACUGCAGCCAACUUCUUAGCCGCCAAGAGCGGAGACGAAUGUAGCCAUCUUCUCGAGGACACCCAACUGGACGUUGAUCAGGACCAAAAUUCAACUGAAAUGACCCAUUUCCAGCGUGAUUUAAGACGUCUACAAUGUAUGAGCUCGGUAGUCACUACUCAGCGAGGACCUGGAAGUGUUGUGAGUAUUGGAAGACUGUUACUAUCAUGGCUACAAACUGUCGAGAGCUCCAGUGCCGCUGCAGUGGCAUCUACUGCUGUAGCUUUACCUCCAUCCGCAGCAGAAACAGCUCGAGCAGCAGAACAAGCGCAACAACAGUCUCCACUUGACCCCGUGGCUUCGUGGCUGGUGGCAACACUGCUGAAAAUCGUCUUCCAAGUGCCUCAAAUGGGUACAAACGCCGAUAUUAAGUCUGCAGAACGCGCUGCAAUGGAUGAACUAGUGAAUAUCGUUGUGACUCGGUGCUUAUUAUCCUUCCACCGAUCGUGGCAAGCAGAUGAAGAGACUCAACGCCGACUAAGAGCCGAAAGCUCUGGGAAUUUAUUCUCCUACUUAACGAUGCGGAAGGCUAAGCCCAAGACGCCAAGCACAUCUGGCGCUCCCAGUGCUGUAGCCAUUUGCUUAACGUGCAUCACUGAAGCUGGACUCAUUUGGGGACACGUUUUGGGUCUCGCAGCAGGUUUAGCCCCUGAUGUGGCUCGGAUUAAGCUGCAGAAUGAGAUCUUUACUCGGAGUACACUUUGGAACGCGACGAAGCCAUUUGGAGACAUCUCUGUGCAUCCAUAUUUGAAGCAUUUAACCCAUAUCCGACUUGGCUUAGCACCAACAAAGACUCAUCCUAGUCUUACAUUAACUACUCGGAUGUCCGAUGCAGCAAGAUGGCUACGUUUGGUGAUGCCUUUGUUACUAAAGCCUCAUCGCUCUCACGUCCGCAGUGCUUGCGCUCAUCUGAUCUCCCAAUUGCUCAUUAGAGAACUCUAUUCACUCAAUCGACUGGAACUCAGCGUAGUUUACACGUCUACUGGGAGUGAGUGGAGUCGCUGUAUCAGUGAUCUCCACGCCGCAGCGCUUCGAUUAACCGAUAGCGCCAAGAAGAAGAGUCGAGGGCGUUCUCAACAGCACCUAGAGGCUUCUGCUUGGGCUCUUCGAACUGUCGUGUUAGCUCUCGCUCCAGGGGAGAUUUUCACGCGAUACUGGCGAGAAGAUGUCCUAGCUCUUUUGAGACUGCAGUAUCAUUUGAACCAAGAUGCCAGUGCUAAUGGAGCCACGUCGUACAAUGUACUACCGAGUCUGGAAUUGAGUUUCACGUACAUGAUGCAUCGUCAUUUCUUACUACGAGACUCGGGUGCUAUCACUGCUGGAGCGCCAUCAGAUUCCGACUGUAUGGAGAUCAUCAACACGACCCAAGCGUGGGGAUUCUUCUCCUUGCCGCGGUUAAAAACACAGAACUCGAGCAGCACUGUUAUUAGCAGCUUUACAGCACUCAAAACGAUCGCGUUGCCUGCGUUAGUGCAUGUAUCACGAGCCAUCGCGGCGUACAACAUGGCGUACACUGUACAGAGUCAUUUACGCCGUUUACUGGCGGAAUCGGUAGGUGUUGGAGACCCACAGAAGCUGGUGGGCCUUGAAGCACUCGCAGACUUACUGUCUCAGCCUCCAAGCGAUGAGAAUACUGUAAACUUCCAAGUGAACCACAACGACCUGCUCGCCAGUAACCAAAUGAUCGGAGAACUGGUUGGUCGUGUUCUGUUGGAAUGCAGUACGCGUAUCGGUCAUAAGCUGCUCACAGAGAUCCCCGUGACCCUAAACAAGAAGGAUAAACUGCAGUUUUUCGAUGAUGACGACGGGGACGAGGAAGAACACUGCAAGAACCCGACGCAUGCUGUUGCAGUGGCUACAUUCGCGUCAGCAUUGAGUUUGAUGCCGACUUUGUAUGCGCACAUAUCACUCAGUAACGAGCAAAAGUUGCUGCUACUUGUGCGUACCAGCGUGAAUGCAGAACGAGUGGUGCAUCGUCGCGCUCAUGAGGCUCUUCUGGGUCUUAUUGGACCUCAAAAACCUCACUCGACUGAGCCUCUACCCCCUGGAGCCGGGGUGGUUAUCCGUGCGUUAACCGACUACAUCAUGCGGAUGCAUGUGAGCAGCACAACAGCCGUAAGCGACGCAGCAGGAGCCAUUAUCAUCUUACGACUGCUAAGUGUACUGCUGGAGCCAUCUCGAGCUGCAGUGACGCGCUGGGAGAGCCCUCGAGCCAGAUUCGAGGCGUUAAUCCAAGUAGAAGCCAUCGCUAUUUAUCUUCUAGCUCGUGGCGAUGACAACGUUGAAGCCGAGCAAUUACUGCGCCUUGCAGCGUUAGAGACUCUUCAAGUCGCACAUGAAGCACGAUUACGGUGUUCUGAGUCCGCUAUUAGAGACUCGAUACAGUUGCCCCUAAUUGACCGCCCAAGUGUAUGGACACUCCUCAACGAGCUCGAUCCUGAGCUCAACACUGCGUUCUUCACCUUCAAACCGGAUCAAUCACAAGCAAAUACCGUAGACAAUCUCUCAUCACUUCGUCGUUUGAUCUUCGACACGUCCGAGCGCCAUAGUUUUCGUUGGUCUCUGUGUCUCGCCCGUAUCUUCCGAACUCUAACACGACGAGCACCUGAUGUGACGGCGUACAUUUGGGCGGAUGUAGCUGACAAAGUCGCAAAACUGGAACCUGUACUAUCCGUCACUCCUAUUGUGGAUUUCACACAUAAUCAACGAGAAUUAGCUCGAUGGCGAAACCUCGCAUUGUUAGCCACCGUAUCAGCAUGUCAAAUGCUACAGACCCAGACUCGAAAGACUGAAGUGUCCGAGAAUUCAUCGGAACCGCCCAGUGUUGCGCCGUCCACGAUUGUGGCUACACUUGUACGUCAACUCGCGUGUUAUUUACGCAGUACCAACGUCGGACAACGCAAUGCUGCAGUGUUAGUAUUGGGACAUUCGGGAUCGGUAGCGUUACCAACACUGCUGGAUGUACUUGGACGGCUCGAAGCUGAAGCGUUUACUGCGCCUAGUAACGGAGAACAAGAGCCCGACAGUACACCAACACAGAAUGCUGUCCGUUCACGCAGUAUUAGGACGUCGAAGCUUCCGAAGAAAAAGAUGCUAGAGCUGCAACACGCUCGGGUAACACAACUAACUCUACAAUGGGCUAUUGGUCGAUGCUACCGGCUUUUGCUAGAGUCACGAACACGUGGACAGAACGACAAUGAAGAUCCGGAGCCUGGAAGUUCCGUGAACGAGCGUCUGCGUCGUGCUGUAUCUACAUUUCUAGCCAAGGUGAUGGCUACAUUUGAGGACACCAGCGCUUCUGUUGAUACCAGUGAGGCAAGUGAAGGAUCAUUGACCUUCAAUUCCACGUCGCCGGAGGAGCACCCUGUGCUUCUGAUGGUUCAACUUGACUUUAUCGCAAAUUUACGGUCACUGUUACUGCAUUCCAAUGCAGCCACCCAACCAGUACUGCAGUUACCGCAUGAUAAGUUAGCAGCACUGUUACUCACUUGGUGCGGAUCGUUCGACAAGGAUCUCGCUGAUAGAGCGUUGGCAGGAUACCUUAACGCUGGCUUCAUAUCUCCAAAGGCAGGACAUGAACUCUAUUCUUACUGGAUGCAGCAGUGCGAUGUCUAUACUGCUCGCGAUGGGCAAAUACUCUAUCCUUGGAUAUGGAUCGAUAACCAGCAUCAACUCCUUGGGUCUGUAAGUAAUACAUGCACUACGUCUCGACUGGUGGCUCAAUAUUUCAUUUGUCAUCGCGCUUUCUCCACUUUAGCGGAUUUACUUCGCAGCAGUCUUCAAUCAUCCGAUAGAAUUGCGACUUGGGACGGCGAGAGUGUUGUGACAUGGCUUGAUUCCUGUUUCAGCGUGGAUAGCGUCGCGUUUAAACAUUUCAAUGAUCUCCAUCACUUCGCACAACGAGCUUUACAUGCUCUACUGGAACUGCCUCCCGGGAGCUCUCGAUUCAAUCAUGCGGUUAAACGGAGUCUUGAUAAAGCGACUUGUACUGCAAACUCAGAGCUUCGAGUCGCUCGACAGUAUCUUGAAGCUCUUGGAGCUUCCAGUGAAGUGAUGAGCUUCUUCCGUUCUCUUCUAAAUCGACUACAAGAGCGACGUGAUGUUCAAGAUAAAGAGGAGUUAUACCUUGCUGUUCGGCUUCUCCAUGUAUUGCUACUUCAUGUUGGUCUUCCACGGGAUGACAAGUUGGUUCAGCAUCGUCAACUGAUACUGGAUAUGGUGGCAGCUCUCGUUUGCGACCCUGACGCGAGUGGAGAUGACGAGUCUGCAGCUACUCGCUGGGGGUUGCAGGCUUACUACAGUCCCAGUCUGGAUGGGCACGUCGCUGGUCGAUUGCAAGUAAGCGUUUCAGCUCUGUUAGCGUCUCGGUUCUCACUGCUGAGUUUACGUGUCAGUCUCGCAAUUCUACGCUCAAUAUCGACCAGUUCGCUGCAGAACAGAGAAGAGAUCACUCAGCAGCGACAGAUGCUUGCUGCGGUGUUGCCCUGGGUCGCUGAAGUACCUCUAAACGAGCCAAAAGAGACCAACAGUAGACCAGCCGAGCUGCUAGAGUUACUAUUCAACCUCACUGCUGUUCUUGGAGAUUCGUGUGGAGAACAGCUCGAUCAUAUCUGGCUGACUCUAGCGUUCUCUAGCAACGGAGAAGACGCGAAUCUCCGCGAAAUCGUCAGCUUUUUGUACGCACAACAACGUAAGACCAAGCUCCCGUCUGAGACGGCAAAAAUGGUCAUGUGGUGGCUGUGUCGAUGGCAGGAUGCAGCGUCUGACGUGUUGCGUUUACUUCUGCUUCAGCUGCCAAUAGGAUCCGAUAGUGAAGUUGCGACUGCAUUGGACGAGUUGGGAGCUCUCGUGACGUUGGCUAGCGACACGAGUUGCCAUCUUCAAACUUCCACCAGCGACGUACAAGCGUUAGCUGUUCACUUGGUGCACUUGUCACUCACGACGCUUUUCGCGGUGUUGGAAGACGAAAAAGUCGAUGAAAAAGUGUCAAGCAGCAUCCGGCAGCAUUGCCACAUUCUUCUACACUCAAUCUUACCGCUUCUGGAAGCCCCACGAGGUCUUCUCGCAGCAGCAUUAAGUCUUAUCCAAGCGUCCACAUCGACAAUCAAUCGUGACGAGAAAAACACUCAGCUUGAAGACUUUCUAGAGGCUCUACGAGCUCUCGCCGUGUGCUUAUCGACCAGCGAAAUCCAGAUCUGGAGCGAGUUGUGCGUACAAGAGAUCGCCUUAUCCAUUUCACCCGAGACUUCAUCGCCAUUCGAGAGCUUGGAUCCGAUACGAAAGUCCUUACCACAUGAAGUGUGCGUACGCUUCGCCUUAGUGGCAUAUACGCAGCUAUCUCCUCGAUUCCAAGGUGACAUUCUUCUCUCAGUGCUCACAUUGCUACGACAAACGUUGACAGUGGGCGUGGACAACAGGAAGUCUCAGUCGUUGUCAUUAGCUCGAGAAUGUCUCGCUCUGCUGGCAAUGCUGAUGCGAACCAUGCCAGUGUCCAGACUGGUACUGUAUCCUCAAGUGUACUGGGUUUCGCUCGCUCUGCUCACACAUUGUCGACAACAGCGUGAUAAUUCGCUGAGUAGCCCGUCACUACACGACGGAGCGCUGGAACUUCUAUCAAUUAUCUGGGAUCGCACACCUUUCACGAGUCAUACUGUGGUGCUGGACGUUAUCCGGUGCACGCGGCCAGCACAAUGGGAAUCUAAUACUGCCCACAACUCCGUACUGAUGGAAAUUGCACGCUGUAUAUACGCAGGCGAAAGCAUGGACAGUAGAGCACGAGCGAUGAACAUGAUGCAGAAGGCAGUACUGCUUGUCCCUCGUGACCUUCUUGGUGUAUCAAGCUAUGAGCACCUGGUAAUCUGUACACUUGCCCUGCUGCCAGCGUUGAUAACUCCGUCGAAUAAUGAUGACGAAGUUUGGGAAGACUUGAUCGUAUUGUGGCAGAUUACAGGAACGUCUCCAAGCGGUCAAAUGGUGGAACUUCUCCAGACUCGGGAUGGUAUCCAAGCAUCAACGUUGAUGACGGUAUUCGUCCCUGCGCUUUACGCUUUGGAACUGGAUGAAAACUCGUUUGACGGCUUGAAAUUGAGUCUGGAGGUGCUUGUAGCGUGCUUACCGUUGCCUGCAAGAGCCGAAUCUCCACGUACAGAGUCGACAGCCACAGAUCUGAACGACAAUCGCUGCGAGUUUGUGUUCGUUCUGCUUGAAGAAUUGCUUCAAGAAGUCUUGAGACGGAAGGAGAAACUAGCGUGGAGACCUGUACCAGAGCUGGAAGCCACUCUGGCAAGACUACUUCGAAGUCCGAGAAGCGAACGGCAGUGGAGAUUGGCCAUGAGAGUACUGAGUUGGGUGGCGGAGAUGACUAAAGUAGCUGGAUCGACAGGCUCAUCGGUGGCUCCGUUGCCUAUCAGAAGCUUAACGGGCCACAAAGCGUCCGAGUUGUCGGCUCUUGGACGCAUUGAAGAGUCAGAAAAUGAUCAUCCUGGCAGUUCAACCGAUGCAAAGACAAUUAAGAAAAAUCCACUGAUGCGAAUCGUGUCUCCACGAUCUCAACGCAGCAGCAGCAGCAAGAAAUCCGUCAAACACGUCGAAAAAUCCAACAACAAUGAAGUACCAAGAUCUCCAGAGCCUCUACCUAAAGAACCUGGCAACGAUAAUGACCACGGCUCGCCUACAGCAGAAACUGCAGACACUUGAAUGUAGCCAUGAUAACCUACAAAAGCACAAAAUACCAGAAGGAAAAAUAUAACAAGAC